UGAAAGCAUGGAGUCGAGCGGCUAACUGGACUGUUUGAGCAAAUGGUACUUUCAUCCAAGUUUUGAAAGAGGAGAACAAAACAAUGGAGCCACAGACGAAACGCUGGAAAGGGUCAGUGUGUGACGCUGACUCCUGGGUUGCUUAUCCUGUGCUGUCAGAUGAGCAGUCACAAGACAUCGAGCUGAUCGAGGCGUUUGCUGCACCCAUUGUUAAUAAGAAAGAGACAUCUCGACUGGUCCGGGAGCUGAACAGCCUCUACCCUUUGAAUGGUCUUCAGCACAUCAAGAGGGUGCGGGCGGUCAAAGAGAGGGACAGCCCUCAUCCUCUGGAAGUCCUUGUGUGCCUCGUCAGUGACGCACCGGAUGUGAAGGUGGUCAGCAUCGACUCUCUGCUCUCCUCAGAUGGCGUUAGAAGUGUGGGAUUGGGUGAACCUUUUGUGGUCAAGGUCCCUGCACGUCCCCCUUUGACCCGACCACAGUUUGAGCUGGCGAGCAAACACUGGCCCACCUCCUUUCACGAGGACAAACAGGUGACCGUCGCCCUGAGAGGAGAGCUCUUCAGUCCGCCUCAGAAAGCCAGGAUGCACGUUUACAUGAUGUCUGCUUUGACUGCCGCCAAAGCAGGCAAUGACCUGGGAAUGGCGGCGGUAGGGGCCGUGGUGGUCGACCCAGCAGCGGAGAGAAUCAUUGCGGUGGGCCAUGACUGCAGAGGUCACCAUCCCCUUCAUCACGCUGUCAUGGUGUGCAUUGACCUCGUGGCUCGGAGCCAGGGCGGUGGAUGUUAUUCGUUUGACAGAUACCCUGCUUGCAGAUUUACUUCACCAGCCUCAGACACCAUCCAAAAGACUCCUGAUGGAGAGGCGAGUUCUCAGCCUUACAUAUGCACUGGGUAUGACCUUUAUGUGACCCGGGAACCUUGCGUCAUGUGUGUCAUGGCGCUGGUACACUCCCGGAUAGGUCGUGUCUUCUAUGGGACGUCCUCCGCUGACGGGGCCUUAGGGACCAAAUAUAAAAUCCACUCGCACAAAGAUUUGAACCAUCGCUUUGAGGUUUACAAAGGAGUCUUGAGCAAGCAGUGCGAGGAUCUUAACAGUGUGGACGACCACAUUAAAAGGGAAAGUUUACAGGAAAAUGAUGUGUUAAUUUCAUGAGUGGCUGUUGGUUAUCACAGGUGCAACUACAUGAAUAAAAUAUUUUACAAAACAUCUAUUUUAAAUCAAAUAGGGCCAUAAAAUGAGUAUUGGUGGGGCUCUAAAAUAAAAGUUUUAAUCAUGCAGUGUUUUUUGUAUUGAGAUCAUGUGAAAACCAAGACAAAGGUUCCCACCAUUGUGCUGACUUUCCUUCAGCUGUAGGUGUUUUACUGUGGCAUUAAAACUCAGGCUGGUUGGAAGGAUUAAAUUUUGCUGCAGAUUUGAAUCUGGUCAUUAUCAGACUGGGUCUUCACAUGCCAACCUGUGCCACUUUCAGGAAAGGGAAGCAGCAGUUUAUAACUGCAGGUACAUGUAAUAUCACCACCCACCUACAAAGAAAAUAAAAGCAGCUGCCAUUUUGACACAGGAGGCAGCUGCAGGUGUGUUCUUGGAUUCUGCUUUGUAGCUACUGGUUUCUUUGCCUUUUGGGUUUUCACAUCUAUUGUUUCCAAAAUAAAAAAGAUGGUUGUUUUUUUUCACAUUAACCUGCAGGGGAUUUUACAUCCAGCUUGUGGAUGUAAAAUGGCAAAUGUUAACUUGUAAAGAUUUUACAAAAUUUGAUAAAUCAAGAUUGGAAAACCUAUUAUUUUCCUUGAUAAAUGUGAUUGUGCAUUUUGAUGAUUGUUUCCAAGUGUCACAUUAUUCCUGUGCAAUGUGAUGUAAUAUUCCAUCAUUAAGAUGUUUUGCUGUGCAGGUGUUCAACACCUUUAGGCCAGUGGUAAAGCCUGUCCUGAUAAGCCAGGGCUGGCCAGUGUUUGGUGUCCACCACAGCUGAGCUUUCUGUUGUCCACACAGUUUAUGAGAGCAGCUCAGAUCAAAGGCAACUUGUAAAAUCCAAUUGAUAGAUUUAAUCUGUAAACUAAAUGCGUAAAAUCUCCUGAUAAUCUCAGAGAAUCCUCAAAUUAACAGACCUUUCCUUUGUGGAAAGUACCCAAAACUCUCAUUACAUUCCUGAAAUCCCAUAAUCACUGUGAAGCAUGCAAUGCAGUGAGGGCACAAACAUUUUAAUAAGAUUAAGAACAAGAAAUCUCAAGAGUACUAUGAGCUAUGGCCAAACAAAGCAGGACUCGCUGCCUUGAUGAUAGCAAAAAGUCAUAAUCUAAAGAGAGCAGCUACAUGAAUGUAAGUUUAUCUCAGCGACACUGUGGACCUCCCUCAGUAAACACUUAACCUGACAACAAUAAUUUGUCUCAUUUCUACAUACAGGACAAAACAUUCACCAAAAACUGUACAAUGAAAAAAGCCUGCCCUAUUUUGAUUGAGUUACAAAUGAGAAAUGAUUCACAUACCAAGGAAAUCAUGCAAAUACAGACUAUGAUUCCAUUCUUCACUCGACAUGAAUAAGUUUGACACCCAUUACAAAAUGAGAGUGUACCAAUAAACAAUGAGCCACAGGCUCCCACCUUUAGGAAGUAAACAUCUUGGAAAAAUACAUUUGGGACAUCUUUGUGGUUAGAAACAGACUCAUACUCACAAUUUGUGUUGCCAUGUGAAUUGAGGGCAAAGACAGACAAAAAUAAACACAACCAAAAGCCUCGCUGAUUCCUGGGCCAGCCCAGGUCUAUGCAGGCCAAAAAUACAUUAUUAAAUAUUCACAUAAGUUAGUAAUGCAUAUGGCAUCCUGUCAUCUACAAACCAACUCCUGUUUGUUUUUUUUUAACGUUUCAUCUUAAACCUGAUAUAUCUAAACACCAACUG